CGCGACCCAAUCAGUCUAAAUAUGGAGAAAAAAGUUCUUUUAUUUGGGAUUUUAAUAAUUCUUGCUGUCGCAACUCUUUCUCAUCAUAUUUCUGAAGAGUCGAUGUCAGAAGGACAUAACAUAAAAGUCAGACAAUGUGGAAGAAAUAAAUCUUCAACAUCAUCGACUGUUGCUCCAGCAAUUGAUAUUAGAACUGGGCUGAACAACACGGCAGGAUAAAUUUUUUACUUAAUAUUGUUAAAUUUCCCAUUUUUUAUCAGUUUGUUUGAAUAUUUUAAAUUGCUAAAAAGAAAGAAGAUAGAAAAAGUGUUUAAAAAUUAAAAACUUAGUUUUUCUAUUUGCAAUGAUUUUAUUGUUUCAUAGUGAGCUAAAAUAAACUUAUCAUGAUGUAAUAUAUUAUUAAGUUUAAAAAUAAAUUUAGAAUAGUCCAUCAAAUUAGCCAG